CCACCAAGCUGGGACCUGAGGCGUUCAGAUUUGACGGCGGAAGUGAAGCCACAGCUACCAGGCUGAGCGACAGAUAUUACAUCCUACGACCAGAAGUAAUCGAGAGCUACAUGUACAUGUGGAGACUGACCCAUGACCCCAAGUACAGAGAGUGGGGCUGGGAGGCUGUUGAGGCCCUGGAGCAGCACUGCAGAGUGGAGUCUGGGUUCUCUGGGAUCCGUGACGUUUACACCAUGACAGUCAGCCACGAUAACAUGCAGCAGAGCUUCUUCCUCUCAGAGACACUCAAGUAUCUGUACCUGCUCUUCUCUGAUGACGACCUUCUCCCCCUGGAGGACUGGGUCUUCAAUACAGAAGCCCAUCCACUGCCCAUCAUCCGCAAGAGCUGCAUGCAGGACAAAGCAACACAGGAUAAGACAGUCUCCGAAUAAACCACCACCAGAGACAGUUACAGACACCGAUUUGCACAGAUCUUGUGCACACAUAGUCACAAAUAUUGCAAACACCAAUUUAAUGCAGGUUCAAAGUCUUUUCAGGAGCGUGUUAUGGACUCUGAAUUCCUUUCCAGUAAAGGAUGUUGUCGUUUUACGCUGUGAUUGUACAUCCUUUAGCCGGGGUUAUUUCCUGCUGGCACUUAUUUUUUGUGGACAAUCAAGACAAACAUGACUUUCAUGAAAAGAGCACCUUUUUCUUUCCUUCUUUCCUCUGUGAGGAAACCAGUAUAACUUGCAGACCCAAAUGUAUUGGAGGAGGGUUGAACUAUGGGCCACAUCGAGAAUGAAUAGAGAGAAACAUAUAGAAAACCACUCGAGUUUUGCUUUUUAAUUUUGUUGUUUAGUUAAUCUUCAGUGAUGAAUGAUUUCUUUAUAUCUCGUCAUUGCAUUUUUUCCCCUUGUGAAUACACUCUUUGACCAAAGGUUUCUUUGCAUUUCAAUUUCUCUCAUUUUCCAGCAAUGUGUUUUUGGUGAGAUUUGGCAGAAAGUAAAAUUUACUCAAGGGUUGAACUGUAAUGAAUAUUGAUUAAUGUACAGACAAAUGUGAUUCUCGAAAACACCUCCAAACUAAUGUUGAUGUCAUGUUUCUUACUGAAACAAGCUUGAAUGAUGAUGAUUUUUUUCAAGUGAGGAGGUGUCAAGAAUGUGGCAGUGUCUUAUGCAUCCAGGGACCAUUUAUUAAAAAAAAAACAAAAAAAAAACCUUAUGUUGGGUUGUGUUUUCACUGUAUGUUUGGGUUGUUUUCUGAACAGGACUAUGCUUUCUCAGUCCUCUCAGCCUUUCAAAUGAAAGUAACAAAUGGAGUACUCUCAGUUCUGUGGCUGUAAUACACGCAUAAAAGGAAAAUGAACGCAUUUGCUCGCAAGCUCCAAAUGGGUUUUCUCAUUUCUGUUGUCGUUUUUCUGCUUUCACCCUGCCUUUACAUGGGAAUCCAUACAGCUGCCAAUACUGACGUAAAAGGCAGUAAACCUGAGAGCCAACUGCGGAAAGAAGUUGUCAUUUUCAUCACUGUUUUGUUGUCCCCCCCCCCCCAUUUUCACUGCUGUCUUGCACAGUUGUGGAGCGAAUGUGCUGUACAUACAGAUGAAGUGACUGACCCCUGUAUGAGCUUGUCUUGACUUUAUUUUGUGAUCUUUUAUUUUUAUUUUCUAAACUUCGGUGGGUUUUUUCUCUUUUUAUUUGCUUCCCUCAGGUGUUUCAGUAAAAAAAACUAAAAAGUUCUGAUUUGAAGUCUAGUUAUUGCUGAUAUUGUUAUUACUUAUUCUUACUGUUUGAUUUAACUUUCAUUGUUGAAUAUUUUCAAAUACUGAUAAAAGACCUGUGCAACUUUGUACAUUUAAAA